AUCGUUUACAACAAACAUCAGUCAGUAAACACCAACCAUGUCUUUCAGCAGGAUCUUCGUCCGUCUGCUCCUGCUUUCCUUGGGUGUAUUAAUCCCUAUCACGUCCGGAAAUCCCACCUGGUUUCGGAUCUGCAGGCCCGAUCAGGACUGCAUCCGAUUAACCGACUGCACCUCUUACAUGAACUUCAUCAGAAACAUCGGUCCCCUAACCAAAGCUUCCAUCGCUUUUCUCAAGCAGCAGGAAUGCGGCUUUGAUGGCUCUUUCCCGAAAGUUUGCUGCUUCCAUACCCGAUUAGCUGUUGCAGGCAGCAGCCAAAACAGCGAACAAUCGAUCACGGCAAGAGUGGAAUUUACGACAAAGCGAGCAGGACGAGGUUCCAACUCAAUGGGAUCUGAAGACAAACCUGCAUUUGGGGCUCCAGAAGGGGCCAGGGAACGUUUGAAGAAGAAGAAGAUGGAGGCUCUUAAUGAGGCAUUUGCCCAAAUGGAUUUCUUCAUGUUCAGGCAACAUUAAAAUAAUGGACAUAUAGAAAUGUUUUUUGGGCUUUGAAGCCGUGGUCCAUG